AUGGCUGCAUACGUAGACGCUUUCAUGGAGAUUAGAGCUCCCCAGAUCGAUCCAAGCUGGCAAAUUUCGGCAACUAACAAGUUUACCGAGAAGAGACGACAACAGCAAGCUUCGCAGAAGGCUCAGGAAAGGACGAGGUCCUUCAAGAAUCUCGUCAACACGUUCGUCAAACACACCAAACGCGGAGAGCUAGCGAGAUUCGACGUCAACCGGCAGUUCCGCUGGGAAGACGUGAGGUCCAUGGCCUCAGACGCCAUUGAACAGGACGCAGAGAAAGUUAAAUGGCGCCGAAAUCCGUUUAGAGCGGCUGGGCGAUCGCUGCAGCAGGGCGCUUCCAAUUUGGAGAUGCUAAUGGCUUUUCUGCCGAAUGGUGAAUUUACCGGCAUUCUCUGCGGGGCGUUAACGCUUGUGUUUUCCGCAGCCCGGCGUCUCGACGAGGUUAGAAAUAAGAUUCUAGGUUGUUUGGAGAGUUUGCCAGAAAUCGUGGGACAGACAGAAGCAUACGUUGACAUCUACGACGACGACCCCAAAGUAUGGAACGCAGCGGAAGAUCUCUAUAUCGGCAUACUUGAUGCCGUUGAGGGGAUGCUUAUAUGGAUUGAUAAGUCGGCAGUUGAGCGUGCGUUCAAGUCAUUGUUGCUCCCCGCAACCUUCGGCAGAGACCUGGAAGAGAACUCCAUCAAGAGAAAUAUCGAAGACAAGGUCGUACAGUUUCGUGAAAUUGUCCAGGUGAACUUGCAUAAGAAGAUCGGCCAACAGUAUAAAGCGAUUCAGACUCUGCAAACCCACCUGAACAGUCUACUUUCGUAUGCCAAAUGGAGUUAUGAGAAUCCUCAGUCUGUCAUGAUAUUCAAACCUUCCUUCAUCACUCUCAACCAGCUAAGGGGCAUCAUCGAUGUCGACAACCAUGCCUUGCGAAAGGAGAUGGAUACCGCCAUACUGGACGCUCAAAACGUUUGCCCUCCAAAUUUGAUUAGUCAUGCCCUCUGCAUCUUAAGGAAUCACAAAUUUGUUACAUGGCUCCAGUCAGAUACGUCUCAAAUAUUAUUUGUCAACGGCCGAAUGCAACUCAACGCAGAGCAGGAGGCAACUUCCCCUCUCACAAUUCUCUCUUGUAUACUCUACCAGAGUGUUGGUAUGCAAUCGGAUCGGAGCUUGCCGCUUCUCUAUCUAUGUGGCCAGAAGAGCUCGCAACUCGACCACACCCACGCCGGGUCAAGCGAGGUGCUUCGCUACCUCAAUGCGCAGCUCAUGAAUUCUGUUCCUCAGGAAGAUGUUGACCUCACUGAGAUCGACUUAACGUUUGUAGAUGCCCUAAAAGAGCGACGGACUGGUGCUCUUUGCGCACUCUUCCGCAUCUUACUCUCUGCAGCAAUUGGGAAGGCGGUAUUUGUGAUAAUCGACGGAGUUUCCUGGAUGGAAGAGGGACCUUUUGCCGAAGGAUUUGAGCACCUGGUUUUCUUUCUGCGGGACUUAGUCAUUGAGCUGAACCGAAGACGGCCUCAUCUAAUUCUUAAGGUCUUGUUAAACAACCCGUCAACCAGCCUUUAUGGGAGCCGUUGGCUUCCUGAUAGCAGUAUACUGGAAAUGGAUGAGGUUGAGGAUGGUGUGGAUUUUCCAGAAGAUGCAGAAUCGUUUUUGUUGUAG